GUCCCUCCCGGGUCCCAGCGUCGCUGUCUCGCUAGCCCAACGCACGCUCCGCCUCCGUCAGUCGGCUCCGCUGACUAGUGAGCGGCGUGGACAGGAGCCGGGGCCGGACGCGCGGCCGGGGCUGGGGGCUGGGAGCGCGGCGCGCACGGCCUCCCAGAGCAAGAAAGGGCCCCCGCCACCGGGCGAGGCCGGCGCCGCGAUGGCAGAGAUGGGCAGUAAGGGGGUGACGGCGGGGAAGAUCGCCAGCAAUGUACAGAAGAAGCUCACCCGCGCGCAGGAGAAGGUCCUUCAGAAACUGGGGAAGGCAGAUGAGACCAAGGAUGAGCAGUUUGAACAGUGCGUCCAGAAUUUCAACAAGCAGCUGACUGAGGGCACCCGGCUGCAGAAGGAUCUCCGGACUUAUCUGGCUUCAGUCAAAGCCAUGCACGAAGCCUCCAAGAAGCUGAACGAGUGUCUACAGGAGGUGUAUGAGCCCGACUGGCCCGGCAGGGACGAGGCCAAUAAGAUCGCCGAGAACAAUGACCUGCUGUGGAUGGACUACCACCAGAAACUGGUGGACCAGGCGCUGUUGACCAUGGACACGUACUUGGGCCAGUUCCCUGACAUCAAGUCACGCAUUGCCAAGCGAGGGCGGAAAUUGGUGGACUACGACAGCGCCCGGCACCACUAUGAGUCCCUUCAAACCGCCAAAAAGAAAGAUGAAGUCAAAAUCGCCAAGGCUGAGGAGGAGCUCAUCAAGGCUCAGAAGGUGUUUGAGGAGAUGAAUGUGGACCUCCAGGAGGAGCUCCCAUCCCUGUGGAACAGCCGUGUAGGUUUCUAUGUCAAUACAUUUCAGAGCAUCGCGGGCCUGGAGGAGAACUUCCACAAGGAGAUGAGCAAGCUCAACCAGAACCUCAACGAUGUGCUGGUCAGCCUGGAGAAGCAGCAUGGCAGCAACACUUUCACAGUCAAGGCCCAGCCCAGUGACAAUGCCCCUGCCAAAGGGAACAAGAGCCCGUCGCCUCCACCAGAUGGCUCCCCUGCAGCCACCCCCGAGAUCAGAGUGAACCAUGAGCCAGAGGCAGCCAGCGGGGCCACACCCGGGGCCUCCAUCCCCAAGUCCCCAUCUCAGCUCCGGAAAGGUCCACCAGUCCCUCCGCCCCCCAAACACACCCCGUCCAAGGAGAUCAAGCAGGAGCAGAUCCUCAGCCUGUUUGAUGACACGUUUGUCCCCGAGAUCAGCGUGACCACCCCCUCCCAGCCCACAGAGAGUCCAGCUGGCAGCCUGCCAUCCGGGGAGCCUGGUGCUGCUGAGGGCACAUUUGCUGUGUCCUGGCCCAACCAGACGGCCGAGCAGGGGUCUGCCCAACCCGCAGAGGCCUUGGAGGUGGCAGGUGGGACCCAACCUGCGCCUGGAGCCCAGGAGCCUGGGGAGACGGCGGCAAGUGAAGCAGCCUCCAGUUCUCUUCCGGCUGUGGUGGUGGAAACGUUCUCAGCAACUGUGAAUGGCACCGUGGAAGGCAGCAGUGGGGCCGGCCGUUUGGACCUCCCUCCGGGCUUCAUGUUCAAGGUGCAGGCUCAACACGAUUACACGGCCACUGACACCGACGAGCUGCAGCUCAAGGCUGGUGACGUGGUGCUGGUGAUCCCCUUUCAGAACCCGGAGGAACAGGAUGAAGGCUGGCUCAUGGGCGUAAAGGAGAGUGACUGGAACCAGCACAAGGAGUUGGAAAAAUGCCGGGGCGUCUUCCCUGAGAACUUCACGGAACGGGUGCAGUGACAUGACAGCGGAGCUCCUGCAGUCCUCUGGGCGUGUGAAGAACACCUUUCCCCCCUAAAAAAAAAUGUGUGUUUUUUUCUUUUUUUUUUUCUUCUUCUCUUUCUUCGUUUUCGUUUUUAAACUUUUGAAAAAGCAAAGGGAAACUGAGACGAGAGACCUAAGCCGAAAGGUAUUCUCCCAAAGAUUAGGUUGUUCUCCCCCAAAAGCCCAAUCCUGGCCAGUCUGGUAGAAUUCACCAGUGUUUCUGAAGCUGCUGUGGUCCCUAGUUGAGUUCCUGGCAUCCUUCUCUGUGCCCGCAUGUGUGCCCGGCUGCAGGGCGGGCUGGGGGCCGCCAAGUCACCGCCACGCUUGCCUGAAGCUUCAGCCGCGCCACCUGGGCAAGGGUCUUCUUUACCUGGCAGCUGCUGUGGGUGGGCGCAGACACCAGCCCUGCCUGGCCCUGCCCCGCAGACCAUCCGUGUGCUGUUUGAAAAUAAACCUUAGUGUUCAAACAAAACGAAACAAAGAAACAACAACAACAAAAACUGACAAAACACUAAAAAAAUAAUAAUAAUAAUAAAUAAA